CGAUCGAGAGCAGGGUCAAGAUGGCUGGCGCCAGGCGCGAAGAAGAAGUCCGACGAGCAGCGGAGAAAGCAGCGGACGACGCUCGGAUCGAAGAUCUGGUGAACGAAAGAGUAACAGCUACCCAAGUUCGGAUGGAGCAGCUGAUGGAGCAGAAACUGGCCGAGCAGAUGGCCGCGAUGGAGGUACGGCAACGAGCCGAGCAGCAGAGCACAGAAGAUCUCCGGAGCGGGACCGAGGACACCACACCAGCAGCAAGCUGGGAGCCCAUCGCCCAACCCCUCCACCGAUCUGGCCAACGCGAUCGCGAAUGCCAUUGCCGGCCGCCUCCAGACCUCAUCCGGCGACAUCGAUACAGUACCCCACUCUGGGACCCUCCGCAUGACUGAGUCUAGACGAAUUGCACGUUGGGAUGGUGUAUUCAAGCAAGAAGGGGACGAUUUCCAGCAGAAGCUCUUGAUUUUCAAGUCGAGCAUGGUAGCAUUUGUUGCGCAGGAAGGAGUGCACGAGGGUCCCAGAGUGGGGUACUGUAUCGAUGUCGCCGGAUGAGGUCUGGAGGCGGCCGGCAAUGGCAUUCGCGAUCGCGUUGGCCAGAUCGGUGGAGGGGUUGGGCGAUGGGCUCCCAGCUUGCUGCUGGUGUGGUGUCCUCGGUCCCGCUCCGGAGAUCUUCUGUGCUCUGCUGCUCGGCUCGUUGCCGUACCUCCAUCGCGGCCAUCUGCUCGGCCAGUUUCUGCUCCAUCAGCUGCUCCAUCCGAACUUGGGUAGCUGUUACUCUUUCGUUCACCAGAUCUUCGAUCCGAGCGUCGUCCGCUGCUUUCUCCGCUGCUCGUCGGACUUCUUCUUCGCGCCUGGCGCCAGCCAUCUUGACCCUGCUCUCGAUC